ACUCGUCAUGUGAUUGUCUGCUGUCAUAUGACCUGAUGUUAAAUGAUCGGCAGAUGCACACACACACAGAACCUCCUGCUGCUGAACCAGGCAAAGAAUACUGACAAGGUGAGUGUGUCUCUGUGUUUGUGUGUCUGUCUGACUCAAAGAAAGUCUUUUGUAACUCCCUCUACUUGUUUUGGGGCUUUUUGCCAUUCAAACUUGUUUAACAAUAGACAGCAUUGACCUGAACAAACCUAUUUCCGGGUUAUCAACGUGGGCAGGAACUAUUCCCAUGAAGAAUUAAAACGUAGUUGUUGUUGUUUUGUGUUAUUUUACUUUUUUUCCGGCUUUUAUAUGAGCUUUUUCCCAGUCUUGCGAGAAAAACGAAGCUGGCUUUGGCAAACUACGCACGUUCGGCUCUGUUACACUGUCUCUGCCAAAUAUCCCUCAAUACAACUGAAAUGUAAUGUUUGUUUUCCAAACAAGCAAAAGAAAUUGAUUAAAUCAACUCAAACUAAAUAUUUUGAGUCUUUAUUUUUUCGUUAUCGAUUCGGCUUAAAGAAAACCACCCUCAAACGUUUCUUCCUUUGUGUAAAGAUGUUGUUUCUGACGGGUUUUCUUUAGCAUUCCUGCUGCGGUUAACAUUUAACCACAAACCUUUUAGCUGCUUGAUAAACAACGAAUAAGGCACAUCCUUUGAAUGUAAGUUGGGAAACCCGAUAAAACCCGAAAAGUUAUAAACUCGGGGAUAAAUGGGAAGCAUGAGUGAAAGUCUGCAGUGAUUGUUAAGCAACAAUCACUGCAGAGUCUGUCCGACAGACACAGACGGUCCACAUGAACUGCGUUAGUCGAACUUCAUUCAGAAAAUCCACAAGUAUAGUUUUCUUCUCUGUUGUGUCAACAAAAGCAAUCAAUAUUUGCAAACUGAUAUCUAGUUUGAAUCAGUGACUUACAGUGACCAAAUCGGCUCAUUAAAAUGACUUAUUUUGUGUGUUUUCAGUUUAACGUGUUUAAUUGCUUUCCUCAGGUGAUUUCCUUAUCUUUAUGUCUGUAGUCCUGAAUCUUGUAAAAGGGUUUUGCAGAACACACUGUGACUCUUUUAAAAAUCCCAACAUAAAUACGCUAUCAGGAAUCCUUGGAGAUAUAUUGAGUAGUUUCACUAAAACUCCUUAAAAUCAUUUCAGUAACUCAGUCAUGUCAUCAGUUUUAUAAUGUCAAUUAAUUUCACUUCCUGUUAUAUUUUUGCAGAUGCAGGCAUUGUUGCUGUGUUGCUUCCUGUUCUCUCUGCUGGGCAGUGAUGCAGCUCCAGCGGCAGAUGAGGUGACCUAUCUGCCCGGUCUGCAGAAACAGCCUAGCUUCAGGCAGUACUCUGGAUACCUGACUGUAGCCGAUGGGAAACACCUGCACUACUGGUUAGUACCUGAGGCACACCUGCAGCACAUCUGACACAUCAGCGCCAUAACAGCCAAUAUCAUUCAGAGUUUUUGACAGUCCAAAACACAGAUGCUCUAAAUAACUCAGGUGGCUAACACUAAAUAACUGGGAAAUAGGUACUAGGCUUAGGUGUUUCAGGUUUUCCCCAUUUUCCAGUAUAUGUGCAUGACCGUACAGUCCACUGUAUGAAAGGAAGUGAAAAAUAAGCUACUUCCGCUGCUAAAAUACUAUUAACAAAACAGUAUCAUACUGCAUCAUUCUGCAGGGCUACAUAUUAAAUUAGCAGGAGAUUUUAUAAGUCACCCGUGCAUUAGCUGCAAAUUCCCCUAAUACUCAUUGUAUUACCUGAAAACGUCCAUUAGGCUCGCUAAAGCAACUGCAAGUCCACCUGUGGCUCUCUAUGACUAUGUGUUAAAGCUAUUAAGUUUCACAUUUGCAUCCCUCACUUGUACAAUUCACUUAUGUCUUAGCCCCGUCCACCAGAGAUGGAUGGAGAAACACAAGGAAAUAAAAGGGGAGAGAUUGAACAAGGAAAUGCUUUUUAAGAGACAUGAGAUGUCUUUUCCUCAGGAGCGUCACAUGAUUUUUAAUACAGGGGCGUGCCUGUCAGUGAAAAGACCUCCAUACAUGCUGCUCUUUUGUAUCCUCCUUCAUUGCUCCUCUUAGACUGCGGUUGAGGGAUUUGGGAUAUAUGACAUUUUUCCUCCAAGUCUUCUUAGGAGUAGUAGCAUCACCUGUGUAUCGAGCUGAGACUCAACAUCUCUCUUGCAAAGCCUAGCCCUGGAGUCACAUCAUCACCUGCAAGUCUACUUGAGACUUGUUGUCACCUGCAAAUUCACCUGUGGCUGGUCAUGUCAUCUCCUGCAGGUCCACCAAGUCAUGCUUUAUCACUCACCAGUUUACCCGAGAAGCCCUAAGUCCACUUACCUUUCCCCCUGAGCUUGCUAUUUUACUGGCAAAUCCACUUCUGGCUGGUCCUGUCACCUGUAAGUCUGCCCAAGGUUGACUAGGUUGUCUUAACUCCUUCAGUUGGUCCCCAAGUCACCUGCAAGUUCACCUUAGGCUGUCCAGACUUUUGCAAACACAGUUAAGGCACAUUUGUAACAUCUACCUGUCCUCAGGUAAACUGUGUGCUGUUGUUUCAGGUUUGUGGAGUCCCAGAAGGACUCGUCUUCUGACCCUGUGGUAUUGUGGUUAAAUGGUGGUCCGGGAUGCAGCUCUCUGGAUGGACUGCUGACUGAACAUGGACCAUUCCUGGUGGGUAUCCCUUGAUUUUUGCCCACCUGAGUCUCCGUCAUCUGUAAUAGUGUGACAUAAUAGGGACACCUACUGACCUCUGACCUCUGUUGUUUCAGAUCCAGGACGAUGGCGUGACGCUUGAGUACAACCCGUACUCCUGGAACAAGGUCAGAUAGAAAGUAACUGAUCUUAACCGACUUGCUGUCAUGUGAUUCAGGCAGUGAGGUCACUUUUAGAUAUGAGUUUAAUCCCUGAAAGGUUCAUUAUUUCACAGAUUGCCAACAUGUUGUACCUGGAGUCUCCAGUAGGUGUCGGCUUCUCGUAUUCUGAUGAUCAAAACUAUGUUACAAAUGAUACUGAGGUCAGUGACAUCCCUUCGGCUCCGCUCCUGAUUGGCUCUCAAGUGUUCAGUCAGGUGUGUGAAGUGUUCUUUUUCUCCUCAGGUGUCCAUGAACAACUACCUGGCUCUGAAGGAGUUCUUCCGCCUGUUUCCAGAAUUCAGCAAGAAUGAACUUUUCCUGACUGGGGAGAGCUACGGAGGAAUCUACAUCCCCACGCUGGCAGAGAGAGUAAUGGAGGAUGCCAGCCUUAACCUGCAGGUACACACGCAUACUGAAGUACUACACACAAAUACUGCAGUACUACACACAAAUACUGUACUACAAGCCUCAAAGUGUAGGCACAUCCUCAUACUGCACUAACUAAUCAUACGGUUCUGCAUGCUUGUAAUGCAGUACUAUACAAAUGCCUUUGCACCACACACGUAUCAUAGCUGUGAUACCUGUGUGGCACAGAUUUACCUCCUAAUACUGCAGUAAUGCACACUUAUAACGCAGUCAUAUGUACUUAUGCUGUUGCAUUAGAAAAGUACCAAAUUUUAAUGUGCUGUUACUGCAGACCAUACUUUUAUAUUAGUACUAAAACAGUGAGAAUGAAUGAUUUUGGCUUAUCCCUUUAGGUUCAUGCUCAUACUACAGGGUUCUUAAAGGGAUAUUCCGGCGUAAAAUUAAGUUAAGGUCAAACACACCGUAACAUCGAGUUAGACACCCCCUUGAGAGACUCGAAUGUUGCCGACCACUUGCUGUGACGCAGCUCAAGGAAGAACAUUUAUGAUCAUUUCUUUAUCAUUUCCUUGAAGUAAUAAUCACCAUAUUUAUCAUUUUGCACUGCAGACGCGGUAGUUCUUCUGCCUUCGCGUCUCUGUCUGAUUGCAUUUCCAUGAGGAUAUGAUCAUAAAUGUUCUUCCUUGAGCUGCGUCACCCCGCAGCAGUCCGUAAUGGUCUGGCCUGAGGUCUCUCUACAAACAAUCAUCUCUCGAUUCAUAACUCGGUGUUAUGGUGUGUUUGACCCUAAACUAAUUUUACGCUGGAAUAUCCCUUUAAUCCUACUGAAGUACUCCUGAUACUGUAGUACAACACAUUGUAUUGCGGAUCUACAUAUUGGUGUGACAGAAAAAUUGAUCAAUACUGCAGUACCACACAAUAAUGCAGUACCAAGUGAUGGAGGACAGCCUCGGCCUACAGGAAUAACUUGAAGUAGUACACACCACUUUUGCAGCACUGUAGACUGAUGGAUGGUGCUCACCGUGUGUCACCUGUCUCCCUUGUCCUGCAGGGCAUCGCUGUGGGAAACGGGAUGUCGAGUUACGAGAUGAAUGAUAACUCUCUGGUGUACUUUGCGUACUACCACGGCCUGCUGGGGACCCGCCUGUGGAAGGAGCUGCAGGAUUUCUGCUGCAAGGACGGACAGUGUAACUUCUACAACAACGCAGACAAGAACUGCUCCCUCAGCGUGAGUCUCAAAACCUCUAAAUCCAGUUUAUCCUCAGUUUGAGUAACAGUAGCACAUUUGAGCCAUUUCUGAUGUAUUUGAGCUGGUUAAUCCCAUAAUCUCUGUUAGACCACUUCAUACGGCUUCAGCAAAGCAAACAGUGAGGUUCACUGAUUUAUUCCAAAUCCUACCCCAGAGCCAAAUUCACUGGUUUCAACUUAACUAGGCCAUUUUUUUUUCAGUGAAUCCACACCUGGUUUUAGACUGCAGGGCUCUGCUGUUCAAGAGUAACCUGAUAAAAUUGACCUAGAUUAUCUGGUCCAGUAUUUCUUUAAAAAAAGCGAUGAGGAAAAGUAAGAUUGAUCGUCAGAUCUGAUAAAAAGUAAAAUGUAUGGACUCUUCUUUCUGUGGUUAAAAUAUCUGAACAGCAGGGUCCAGGUGGUCUGACACUUUAGAGAACUUAGUCUGGUGUGAACUAGUUUGCCUUUGGAUGGAUUACCCAAAAAUAAUCUGAAUUAAAUCUGUCCUUUUGUGGUCAAGUCAAAUUUUGUCAGGUUCAAACAUUUAAGUCUGAGGUCUUGUUUGUUCUGCAGCUGUCUGAGGUUCAGGACAUCGUCUACAGCUCAGGACUGAACAUGUACAACCUGUAUGCUCCUUGCCCAGGUGGAGUCCGCCAGAGACUCAGGUAAACUGUGACCUCAGUCUCAUCAUAACAAGCUCUGUCCAACUUUAUUACCAAGAUUUUACUGUAGAAGUUUGAGUUUACAGCAAACAUAAACCAAGCUCACCUGCAGCAGGUGUGUCACAGAUGACAGAAGUUUGUUUGUCAUUGAUGAAACUCCUUUAAUUUAUCCACUCUCAGUAUUGAAGACGGUGAGCUGGUGAUCAGAGACUUGGGGAACUCGUUUGUCAAACAUCAGUGGACACAGAUGUGGAACCAGGUGUGUAUGAACUCACCUGACGCCUUUACACUGAAGCCUCCUCAUCUGAACACAUAAACAUACCUGAUUCUGUGUAUGUGUGUGUUUUUUCCAUGUGUCUGUGUGUGUUUGAGUAGAAGUUAAAGGGUCUGGCGGCUCUCCACCUGUCUGUGCGUCUGGACCCCCCCUGCACUAACUCCACCCCUUCCUCCCUCUACCUGAACAACCCUUAUGUCAAAGGUGCCCUGCACAUCAGCCCCAAGGCUCUAGACUGGGUCAUCUGCAGGUAACACACCUGUUCCAAGCAGCAGUUUGUCAAGCGUUUUACUCCAUCAGACUUAGUACCUGGGUUGGACUUUGUGCUGCAAACUGCCAUUGAUUUAUGUUUUAUUUUCCUCUGGGACUUGAUGAAAACUUUUAAAAUGAGACCUUUGACCUCUCUGUUGUGUUGCAGUUCUGAGGUGAACCUGAACUAUGGGCGUAUCUACAUGGAGGUCAAGAAACAGUACUUGAAGCUGCUCUCUGCUCUGGUCAGUGAGCACAACACUAACUCUCACACACACCAGCUUUAUUCAAAAAUAAAGCACAUUUUACCACCUGAUCGACUAUCUAACAUUAAGUCUGAUCUGGUGGAUUCAGGAUGAUGCUUACUUCCUCAAGUGGGCAUGGCUUGUUUAUUUAGGUGUGUCUUUGCGGUCUCUCUGCAGAAGUACAGAGUACUGGUGUAUAACGGUGACGUGGACAUGGCCUGCAACUUCAUGGGAGAUGAGUGGUUCGUUGAGUCUCUGCACCAGCAGGUAACACAGGAUGGAGUAUGCAGGACCUUAGAAAAGCUUUAACUUCAGGCGUGUGGUGUCAGGCAUCUCUAAUGUAUGUUAACCUGUCUGAUGUCACUCUUAGGUGGAGGUUCAGAGACGCCCAUGGCUCUACGAUGACGAAGAGGGUCGGCAGGUUGGAGGUUUCGUCAAAGAGUUUGAUAACAUCGCUUUCCUUACUGUCAAGGUAAAACACACCGUCAUAAUUCAUCAUCUCUCUUCAUAAAAGGGGCAGUAGAUUAAUUUUGUUUAAUAAUGUAAAUUUCUGCAGAUUUUAUCAAGCUCUUUAUUUGAACUCUGCUGCUGACCUUUAACCUCUCUCUUGCUGCAGGGAUCUGGUCACAUGGUUCCAUCAGACAAACCAAUCGCUGCAUUCGCAAUGUUCACAAGAUUCAUCAAACGACAACCCUACUAACCCCCUGACCUCUGCCCCCUGGCCUCUGACCUCUGCUGGUGCACCUUCAGGCUACUGUACUUUAAUUUGACAUGAUUUUUUACACUGCCACUCCAUCAGCUCUGUCUCAACCUCAGCCAAUCACAUCACUCUUCCAGUUCCGGGUCGGCAUGUUUUCAGGGUCACCAUAGCAACAUGCACUGCCCUCAGUCUGUAUAAAACUGAAUGUGAAUUUUUUUUCUUUUUUUGGUGUUUUUGUUGAUUCAAAGGGAAAUAAAGUGUUAGUCCUUUA